AUGUCUGUACCAGUUAGAACCAAUAGCUGUCAACAGCACUGGAAAGAAUUUGUUUGUGGUGGAGGAGCAGCAUUUUGUAAUAUUCUUAUUAGUUACCCACUCAACAAACUCAUCUUUAGACAGAUGAUGCAUGGAGUAGAAGCUACAUUUGCAUUAAACCAAUUGCAAAAAGAAGGCUUAGGGUAUUUAUACCGUGGUAUGCUCCCACCAUUAUUACAAAGAUCAAUGUCUAUGUCACUCAUGUUUGGUGUCUAUGAUGAAUGUUUACAGCCUCUCUUAGAUUACAAGACUAAUCCAUAUUUUGCCAAAACUGUUGCGGGUAUGGUUGCUGGAUGUUUUGAAGCAACACUUUUGCCUUUUGAGCGGCUUCAAACUUUGCUCAUUCACCCAAAAUACCACCAGGAGUUCAAGAAUACUGCCCAUGCUGCUAGUCAUAUUUCUAGACACUAUGGAAUAAAAGAAUUUUAUAGAGGACUGGUACCAAUUCUGCUGAGAAAUGGACCAUCUAAUGCUAUGUUUUUUAUUAUUCGUGAUGAAGUGCGUGAAAGAUUGCCUAAGCAAGAAAACAUGUUGUAUGAUAGUUUGCAAAAUUUUAUAGCUGGUGCUACAAUAGAUCAACUCCUUGAACUCAUAUCAGAAUCAAAAAGGCCAAAGUUUCGCGAAGACUACCGAUAUGAAAAGGCAUUUGGGGUUUUUUACAAAUUACACUCUGAAGCUGUGAAUUGGUACCAUGCACGUAUGCGUUGUGAAGCCGAAGGGACCGAACUCUUUGUACCAGAGAGUCUGGACGAAGCAGACAGUAUACCUUUGCUCAUAGCCCCAAUACUUACUAAAUAUAGCGGUGUAUACGUCGGCAUACAUGAUUUAUACUCAGAAAGAACUUUCGUUACCAUUAAAGGUUGGAAAUUGGGACCAAAUGGUACUUGCUACAUCACUCACUUAGAACCACAAACAUGGUACGAGGCAUAUUCUACCUGUUACUCUGCGGGUGGAUAUCUUGCAAUCUUAAACUCUAGAGAAGAAUCACAGUAUAUUCGAGAUGUUUUCAAACAAGUAGACCAACACAAAACACCAGGAGAUUUUGCAUAUUUAGGUUUUAGCGAUUUAUUUCAGAGAUAUCAUUACCGGACGGUUCUUGGUGAACGGCUGCAAUUAAACCAAUUGGAUUGGGAUUUCAAGUGUCCAGGUAACUUGACGGCAUCAGAGGAUCGUUGCGGUGGAUUUAAACGAAGCGGUCUAUUGGCUACUGAGAAUUGCAAAGUUCCAUAUAUGUUUUUUUGUGAAAAACCUGCUAGUGGAACCUUCAAAACUAGGAACGCACUACGCAAUCUACCCAAACAACAGGAAGAUUACCUAAAUAUUCCAGAUUUUUCU